GGCUAUGUAACUGCUGCACAGUUUUGGGUAAUUUAGAAGAAGGAUAAUAUUAGAUGAAACAUAACCCGUUUAUAGACUCAAGAUGUUGGUUCCAAUUUUCACCCUUAACUUCAAGCACAAAGUCAACCCGCACAUGGUCACCAUAGGGAAGUAUGAUGGUAUACAUUGUUCCCUAACAUGUGCUACAACAGCUGGAAAGGUGAUUGUACACAGUCCACACAACAGGAACCAGCCUGGUCGUAAUGCUGAAGGAGACCUAGCUUUACUCAGUAUAAAUCAACAGAUAUCCUCAGUCAGUGCAGGAAAACUCAACCCAAAUAUACAAAAUGAUGUCCUUGCAGUAGGAACACAGACAAACCUUAUGGUGUAUGAUGUAGAGAAAAAUACUGAUCUCUUCUAUAAAGAUACCCCUGAUGGAUCCAAUGCAGUUGUAAUAGGUAAACUUGGAGACAUACCAUCCACCAUGGCCAUUGUUGGAGGUAACUGCUCUAUACAGGGAUACGACAUGGAAGGCAAUGAAAACUUCUGGACGGUGACUGGUGACAAUGUGUGUUCCUUGACGCUUCUUGACUUCACAAAUAAUUCACAAAAUGAGCUGAUAGUUGGCUCAGAAGAUUAUGAUAUACGUGUGUUCAGGGAAGAUGAGAUUAUUGCAGAAAUGACAGAGACAGAGGCUAUUACAUGUUUAUGUCCCAUGGAGUCCUCAAAGUUUGGUUAUGCACUGGCCAAUGGAACAGUUGGUGUGUAUGAGAGGAGUUCUCGGUACUGGAGAAUAAAGUCCAAGAACCAAGCUAUUACAAUAACCAGUUUUGACCUGGACUCUGAUGGAGUUCCUGAACUCAUUACAGGAUGGAGUAAUGGAAAGAUUGAUGCUAGAAGUGAUAGAUCAGGGGAGGUAAUUUUCAAGGACAACUUUCCAAAUGCAGUAGCUGGAGUUGUACAGGGAGAUUACAGACAGGAUGGAGGACAACAACUGAUCUGUGUAUCAACAGAAGGAGAAGUGCGAGGUUACAAUGCAGCCUCAGAGGAAUUGAGAGGAAACUUGAUGGACACAAACAUGGAACAGGAGACAAUCCGAGAUCUCAGCCAGAGAAAACAGAACCUUAUGCUUGAGUUGAGAAACUAUGAAGAGAAUCAGAAGGCGGGUGUGGCAGCAUCAGGUGUUCUCAGUGCACGUGCACAGCAGGCUGGGGGAGGUCCUGUAUCUGCUGACAGACCUUUCCCAGCAGGUGUUGAAUACGAGCAGUCAGAGAUGGGAGUCAUACCUGCUUCUACCCAGUUACAGACUACCCUAUCAGUGAACCCAGGAGAUGAAAAAAAUCCUGCUCAUGUAGAGUUGAUAGUAGCAACAACAAAUGAUACAGUUGUUAGAGCAGUCCUUAUAUUUGCUGAAGGAAUAUUUGAAGGAGAAAGUCAUGUUGUACAUCCAAAUGCUAGUGCAUUGAGCAACUGUGUACGGGUACCUAUAGUGCCACCUAAAGAUAUUCCAGUUGAUCUACAUAUAAAAGCUUUUAUUGGAUAUAGGAAUUGCUCGCAGUACCAUGUAUUUGAGUUAACAAGACAGUUACCACGGUUUUCUAUGUAUAUAUUGUGUGGUGAAGAUCAGGAAGAGGCAAAGGGCACGUGUACAUUCCAAGUUAACGAGAGGGUUCAAAGGAUUGUGAUGUGGAUCAACCAGAACUUCCUGUUACAGGAAGAUGUUCAGGUGGAUGCUAAUGGCUGUAUCAACUUUGCUUUUUUGUCGUUACGAGCGACUGGGCCAUUCCACUUCAAAAUGGACACUUCUGGAACUAUCAUAUUAAAGACAGAUGACAUGGAUUUGGCCGGUGAUGUGGUACAAGCACUUGCUAACUUUCUCAAUCUAGAUGAUCUACAUACAACUAUAGACUAUCCAGAUGAAAUGGAGAGACUUAGAGAAGUUCUUGUUAAGGUAGAUGAGUAUCAUGCAGUAAGACAGAAGUUGACAGCAGAGAUGGCCGAUCAUUCUAACUUGAUACGUAGUCUUGUAGUCCGAGCUGAAGAUGCUAGACUUAUGGGCGAUAUGGGUAACAUGAAGAAAGGUUAUACAGAGUUAUACAACAUGAAUCGUGACUUGAUCAAUGGGUACAAGAUACGGUGUGGCAAUCAUCAAGAGUUGUUGGCAGCUCUCAAACAAGUCAAUCUCAUCAUACAGAAAGCAGGCAGAAUGAGAGUGGGGAAAUACAAGACACAGGUUGUGAAUGCAUGUAGAGCAGCCAUCAAAAACAACAACGUUAAUGCACUUUUCAAGAUUAUCAAGACUGGAGGCAGCUGAGAAUUGUGUGAAAAUAACAACUGAAUCAUGUUCACAUGUCCUUUAAAUGACAUUUACAAAACAUUCCGUCCAUAUCAUAAUGUUGCUAUCUCAUUGUUAAACUGAAAUGAAGGAAUUCGGCAAACAGAAAUAUGUUAAGUGUAUUAUUUUCUAUUCCAGUUUUAAUGUUCUGACAGGGUGUAUAACUGGAAUUAGAUUCACUGUAUCUGUUCCUAUAUAUCUGUUAUUGUUAUUGUCUGCCCUAUCUAUCUGGAGUCUCCCUCAUCAUUGCGGCUUUCAGGCCCACCAUGCAUUGUGUCGAGCAGUUUGCACGUCAGUAACUGGUUUUAACCAGAUGUUAAUCUUGUACCCCCACGAUCAGGAUCAAAGCGGAGGUUACACCCUUGAGGGGCACCUUUGACCUUCCUCUACCAAAUCACCUUCAGACAGUUGUUAGAGAGAACUUUGAAAUCCAAGUCAGAGAAACCCAAUUGAUUUUGUUAUUCAGUUAUCUAAACACGUAACAAAAAUCUCCCCUUUAAAGAAGUGUUUAUACUCUUAUUGUGUCAAAUCUCAUUUUAUCAAGGAUUUUUAUAUUGUAUCUCAACUCAUGUAUGUUGUUUAUUAAUUUAUUUUUCUGUAAAACUGUGAUAUUUGUUCAGGUUCUGAAUACUGUGCUUGUAAAGUGUCCAGAUAUACAUCAAAAUGAAAAAUGAUUUUUGAUAUUUUUGUGAUCUAGUAAUGGUAAAAUGAAUAUGUAUGUACUGCAUAAUAAAGAAGAUACUGACCUGAAAAGAUUAAA